CCAACUACCCUGUCGUUCUCCAGCAUCCUAAAGGGACCAUUGUUCGGUUCCUCUUCAAAACCAUACAACUAGUAACUGCCUAGUAGAAACUUCUGCAAAGACAGCCAGAAAAACCCAACAGAUUGACCAUGGGUUCUGAUGAGCACACCGACGUAGUGAUGCUUCCUUUGAUGGGUCAUGGCCAUCUUAUACCAUUUCUAGCUCUUGCAAAGCAAAUCCACCACCGAACAGGUUUCAACAUCACCAUUGCCAACACUCCUCUCAACAUCCAAUACCUCCGUUCCACUCUUCAACAAGAUCCCACUUCCGGAAUCAGCUUGGCCGAGCUUCAAUUCAACAGUGCAGAUCAUGGCUUGCCACCCAACAUAGAAAACACUGAGAACUUACCACUGGAUCUAAUUGGUAAACUCUUCGCCUCAUCUGUAUCUUUGAAAACCCCAUUUCGUAACCUGUUAUUAGGUAUCACAGAGAAACAGGGCAAGCCACCUCUUUGUAUAAUCUCAGAUGUUUUCUUCGGAUGGGCUGUGGAUAUUGCAAAGAGUAUAGGCACUGUAAAUAUUACGUUUAGUACAGGUGGUGCUUACGGUACCAUAGCUUAUAUUUCCUUGUGGUUGAAUCUUCCACAUCGUCAAUCAGAUUCUGAAGAAUUCAGUGUUCCAGGAUUCCCUGAAAGGUGUCGAUUUCAUGUUUCUCAACUGCACGGAUUUUUGAGAAACGCUGAUGGUACUGAUCUAUGGUCCAGGUUUAUGCAGCCACAGAUUUCAGGUUCUUUGCAGUCUUUUGGGUGGUUAUGUAACACAGUUGAAGAGAUUGAGCCUCUUGGAUUGGAGUUGCUGAGAAAGUAUAUCAACUUUCCUGUUUGGACAACUGGGCCUCUUCUACCUAAACCCUGGUUAAAUAAGUCCUCAUCAUCAUUGGCUUUAAGUGGUAAUAGUUUAUACAGACAACACGCAGGAAAAGAGCCUGGAAUUUCUCCUGAAAAAUGCCUCCAGUGGCUGGAUCUGCAUGGUCUUGAUUCAGUUCUAUACAUAUCUUUUGGAUCUCAAAACACGAUUAGUCCAUCACAGAUGAUGGAAUUAGCAAUUGGUUUGGAAAAGAGUGGGAAUCCGUUCAUAUGGGUUAUAAGACCUCCACUUGGUUUCGACUUGAAAGUUGAAUUCAGACCAGAAUGGUUGCCAGAAGGGUUUGAAGAGCGAAUGAGUAAGAGUAAGCAAGGUUUGUUGGUGAAAAACUGGGCACCCCAAUUGGAGAUCUUGUCACACAAAUCUACAGGAGCGUUUUUAAGCCAUUGUGGGUGGAAUUCAACAUUGGAGAGCUUAAGCCAAGGUGUGAAAAUGAUAGGGUGGCCAAUGGCGGCAGAGCAGACUUACAAUUCCAAAAUGUUGGUGGAGGAAAUGGGUGUCUCGGUGGAGUUGACAAGAGGGAUGCAGAGUUCCAUUUCGGGGGAAGAGGUUAAGAAAGUGAUACAAUUGGUAAUGGACAAGAAAGGGAAAGGAGGGGAUAUGAAGAAGAAAGCUGAAGAGAUAGCAGAACACAUAAGGGCAGCAGUGAGAGAUGAAGGAAAUGAAAAGGGGUCUUCCAUUAAAGCAAUGGAUGAUUUUAUUUCAGCCAUUGUAACAAGGAAACAAGAUCAAUCUGCUGCUUCAGCUUGUGAUGAAAAAUAAUUGUAGUUUUAUGAAGAGAUAAUAACAUAUUAUUA